AUGUCUUACUUAAAUAUUUUUGCAACGCUUGUUGCAGUUUGCUUUCUUUAUUGUUUUCAGGAGUAUCCUAAUAAACUAAAACUUCUGGCAGAUCACUGGGUGAGUCAAUUUAAAUUUAAGCAUCCAGCUUCAAGGGCUUUAUUUCAUUACCAUAAUCUUGGACAAAAUCUUGCACAUUUCGGUUAUUUUAGAGCCAAAAAGUGGCAUUGCAAAGAAAAAAAAAGCAGUUCUGCUUCUGAUUUAUCCAGUAAAAAUGAAUUGGAUCUGCAAUCUAAGAGAAGGGAGUCAGUAAAGAGAUAUACAUCUCUUAAAAUGGAUGACCUACCUAAAGGCACCAGCAGAGAUGGUGGUGUAUCCAGGUACCAGCAAAUAGAAAAUAGGGACACCUUCUACAAUGGUGCCACUAAUGCAGAAACCACUGUGCAUUUUACGAAGUCAUGA